UCGGUGAUGGAAUUCAGAUGGUUCUUUCUCGGUGGGCUGCACUGCGGAUGGCCAUCGAAAACGGGUGGGGUGGCCGCGACUCUCUCCAGAAAUCGCAGCAGCUCGGCCACAACCUCUUCAAUUUCCUCACUCAAUCGAAAGAUCAAGUGUAUAUUGAUGAUGUAGAGGAUAUACUUUAUGAAUUCAUGGACUCUCUCAAUACUGAGAUUCAGGACGGCAGUGUAGAGGAGGUUGCAGAAAAGUUUAUGGUAAUGCGUGAAGAAUGUUUAGAAGGUCAGUUUGAUUCGAUAAAGAAGCUGCGAGAAACAAAUGUUCCAAGUGUUUCGUAUACCAGACAGCGAUGACGAGGAAGACAGUGAUGAAGAUGAUGCAAUUAUAGAGAACAAUAUGUCAGCAAUGGAAGUUGAUGCUCCACAACCACAGCGCCAAUUGGAUCACAAUCUGACUGAUAUUGUGGCUGAUGAAAGUAGCACG